UGCGUACAUCUGUGCAAUAUGGGAGCAGCGUAUUUAGUAUUGUACGCACACAAUCACGUAGGGCCAGGUAGGCACUGUGUAACUCUUGAACUAUGCUAUAGCAUGUAUGGUGUCUAUGCAUACAUGUAUAACGUAUGUGUGUGUACAUAUUUGUGCUUUUCGUCCUCGAAUCACACACCAGUCGUAAUUCUUCAGAUUGGGUUAUAUGCACAGACCGUACCACAGUUUGUUGCCUGGUGAAUUUCAUGAUAACAGCCACUCAGCGAUGUAUCGUUCUCAACUUCAACUCGCACGUUUUGUAUGUACUUUGUUCAUUUGUACAACUCUGUACUGCCAUUACGAGUCAUCACCUAUACAUAGCCACUAUUUGGCCUCAAUAGUUGGCAAGGAUGUCCUCCGCAACGCCUAAGCUGAAGGUUAUUAAUAUUAUCAGAGAGGAGGCAGCAUAGUACC